CACAAAUCGUCAUUUCGGUUGUGAAAGAGCUCGCAACGCUAACGCAAGUUAACGCAACCAUUUCUGUAACCUCAAAGUAACUCAGUACAAAUCAGACCCUUGACUAAACCUGUCGUGCAGUGAUAAAAAUUAACUUUUAACGUUAAAAAUAACCUGUUCAUUUUUAUAACUAAACCGAGAAAUUUACACGAAGAAUCAUGGCAUCAGAGACCAUAUCGAGCGCAGAGCUCGAGUGUCUACCUGACCGUAUCGCGGACACCUUCUCCGGCAUGAAGGUCCUCAUCACUGGAGGAACUGGCUUCAUGGGGAAGGUUCUCGUCGAAAAACUGCUCAGAAAAUGUCCAGACAUCGAGCAGAUAUAUCUGUUCGUGAGGGCCAAAAAGGGCAAAAAUCCGAAACAGAGGUUGGAAGAAAUCUUCAGUGGCCCUCUUUUCGAAAAACUUCGGGAUAUGAGAGGUGGAGUGGAACAGCUCUUGGCGAAGAUGACCAUCGUCAAUGGAGACGUUUCCGAACCAGAUCUUGGCAUGAGUCCAGAAGACCGACAGAUGAUCAUCAACCAGGUCGACAUCAUCAUUCACGCUGCGGCUACCAUCAGGUUCGAUGAAGAGCUGAAAAAGGCCGUUCUUCUAAACGUUAGAGGUACCAAGCUAAUGGUGGAACUGGGCAAGGCUUGUAAGAACUUAAAGGUAUUUAUUCAUAUAUCGACGGCUUACUGCCAUCUUCAUGAGAAACUCUUGGAGGAGAAGCCGUACCCUCCACCAGCAGAUCCUCAUCAGAUCAUCCAGGCUGUUGAAUGGAUGGACGAGGAGACUAUUGCUAAUAUGACGCCCAAGUUAUUAAACAAGCUACCGAACUCGUAUGCCUUUACCAAGGCUCUAGCUGAAGCCCUCGUCGUGGAAGCCAUGGAGAAAGCUAAUCUGCCCGCCAUGGUACUUCGACCUUCGAUUGUGAUUCCAAUCUGGCAAGAGCCUGUUCCCGGUUGGACUGACAAUAUCAAUGGACCCACAGGAUUGCUUAUUGGAGCUGGUAAGGGUGUGAUCAGAUCAAUGUACUGCAAGAGUAAUAGUUAUGCUGACUACUUGCCCGUCGACGUUUUUAUAAACGGGAUAAUGAUAGUCGCAUGGAACUAUUUGAAGAAUGGCGACAAAAAAUGCAACAUAAUAAACUUUACGUCAUCGGCUGAGAUCAAGGUGACCUGGUCGGAGAUGAUAGACGCUGGGAGAGAGAUCAUCAUGAACAGGGUGCCUUUGAAUGGAGUUGUAUGGUAUCCAGGCGGUUCUAUGAAGCACUCUAGAAUGUACCAUAACAUCUGUGUUUUCUUCUUCCACUGGAUCCCUGCCUUUAUCAUUGACACACUACUCUUCUGCCUAGGAUAUAAGCCAGUACUAUGCCGUGUACAACGACGUAUUACCAAAGGUUUUGAAGUAUUUGAAUAUUACACAAACAACCAAUGGGAUUUCAAAUCAGAUAUCGCACAGACUCUGAGACAGAAACUCAAUGCCAAAGAGAGACGGGACUAUAAGGUGGACGCUGUGGGUUUGGAUAUCUCAAAAUACUUCGAAGACUGCAUCCGAGCAGCUCGAAUCUUCAUCCUGAAGGAGUAUGAUGAUACUCUACCAGCUGCCAGAAGACAUAUGAGAAUAAUGUACUGGGUCGACGUGAUAGUCAACUGUCUAUUCUGGGGUUUCCUGCUUUACUGGCUCAGCGGAUGGAUGACCACGUCCAAAGCCAUCGUUCCAGAUACCGCCACACCCACCGUCAUAGCCAUGGACGCGUAGACACCUUCAUUUGAGAUGUCUAAAGUUUGACAUGCGUCAACGAUGACACCUGUCAAUAAUGACAGCUGUCAACCGUGACACCUGUCAAUAAUGACAGCUGUCAAACAUUAUACUGUUGUUCUUUGUUUUAAACAAAUGAUAUAUUGUGUAUGUUUGAGAAUAACUAAUCUGAUAUGUAAUUAUUUUAGUAUUCGACAGUCUCAUUGUAAAGGAAUAUUUACGUUAUAAGUAUUAUAAAGUAGCUUUAUUAAAAUUAGUAAUAUUUUCUCGAAUAAAAUAAUUUUGUGUGCAACGUGUCGAGGGUACCUACGAUUUCCGUACGGAAUAACAGGAAAAAAAUCCUAGUGUGGUGCAACGUUAUUUUAAAGAGAGAUAAAAAAUAGAAGUAGAUAUAUAUUACACAAUAUAACUUGGAUAAAACAUAUUGUUUUUGUGUUUACCCAGGUUUCCAUGACUACGCUUUUUUAUAUAUAAAAAUUGUUACUUGCGUGAGAGGUUGUUUAUUUUAGGUAAGGUGUAGGAUUCAUGUUAGAUUUAAGAUUAUAAUUAGGUACCCUUUUCUAUGUACCUGUAU